AUGAUUCUCGCAAAGCCAGCAACGAUCGCUCUUUGGGCAACCCUGAGCCUAGCCACAGCCCUGCCCGGUCCCUUACGACCCGGCCAACAACAUCCGAUCCAGUCUGCUGUGCUCGGCAGAAUCAGUCAGCAAGGCUGCUUCAGUUCGAUCCCAACCACUAUAGGAUCACCCAAGGCUUCGUCACAGAACUCAUGGGACUCCUGUAGUAGACGAUGCAGGGAUGAAGAGCACAAACCUGUAGCCCUUGUCUCGAGCUCGAUCCAGGAUAUGCUCAACACCAUCCCAUUACUCUGCGUAGAGUUGAAAAGCAACCUGCGGGUCUCCAGAGGUAUCUGGGCUGUUAUGCCGGCUUACCCAGGGAGAUUCAGAGACAUGGACGUGUGGCUUGGAAUAGUCCUAGGAGAUGCCAUCAACUCUGCAAGGAAGGGACCGCCUGCUGAUAUGCAAGUCUCUGACAAUAAGUGCGACGAGAAAUGUCGGGAUACCGAAGAUAGCUGUGGUGGCUAUGACGCCGAGGAUGGACGGAACGUCUACAGUAUCUACGAUACCGGUAUGCCAAGGGAUAAUGAUAUGCUCGACGCUGAAGAAAGCUCUGUAUCCUCUUCUACGAUGGGCCCAUCACCCACCGAAACAGCUACAUGGUCUUCAUCUGGUCUGUCCAGGUCCAUGUAUAAGGACACGAGGACUAAUACUUUCGCCGCAAACGAAACUGUCGCCCAGAUCUACCAGUUCAUUGGUACUUUCAACGCUUAUUGGCAGUAUCUCAUCCACUCCGUCGGUUGGUUUGGGCCGAAGGAGGACAGAGAGGUUGGAAAGGACUUGGAGCUUUAG